AAAUUAUUAGCUCCCAGAGGCAGCCUCAGCUUCCAUAGUCGCCUAUUCCAGACAAGAGCGCAACCUUGUUCCACCGAAGACAUGGCGGAUGAUCAACCAAGGCGCUUCUUCGAUCCACUGCACCAGCUUGUGAAGACGCAGUACGGCCCUGAGGCCGGGGCUUCCUGCGACAUCUGCCUAUCCAAGCUCGCCGGCCUUGGCGGCCACAGCUGCAGCGCCUGCAACAUCGACCUCCACGAUGCGUGCGCCGGUUACUUCAAAGAGACAACCUCCUUCUUCGCGCACCCGUGGCACACCCUCAAGCUAAGCCGCAUCCCACACCCCAGUGCCAGUAGCCCCGUUAGGUGGAGCUGCGACCUCUGCUUGGAGGAGUGUCGCCCAGGAAGCUUCGUGUACCGCUGCAUCCAGUGCCUGUUUGACGUGCACCCUCUGUGCACGAUGCUCCCUCAGACGAUCCGUAGCCCUCUCCACCCCGAGCAUGACCUCCGCAUGGUUCCUUCAGGCGGAAACUACUGCUCGGCGUGCGAGAAGAGUUUACCCGUGUGGCGCUACGUCUGCGGCGGCCAUUGUGUGGUGCGGCUGCACAUCGACUGUGUCUCCGGCGAGACGACGACAAGUGCUGGCCAGGGCGACGCCGCGGCUGCUGAUGCCACCGGAGCUAACGGCAGCCAUACUGCCGGCAGAAGGCCCAGACGCCGUACUGUCAUAGCCAAGUUUCUCCUCAAGACGAGCUUCCGUAUCGCGGUCAACGCAGCAACCGGCGGCUUGGGAUCGCCGGUGCUCGACGUCCUGGCCGCGAUCUUCAAUUAAUAGUUGACUACUGCCCGUCGUGGCCGCAUGCAGCUAGCUGGUGUUCAACGCAUGUGCUGUGAUUCCAUGAUCGGUGUACGUGUGCGUACGUUCUGCUGGUGCUUUCACGAAUUUCCUUCGUCCUCCAUGCGUGUACUGCUUGUGAGUUGUAUAUGCUCCUGGAUAAGGGCAUCGCCUGCAAUUUCUUUUCUUGUACUGUGUUUUGCCAUUUGUUUUUCUCAUGCCGUUUUAUAUAGCCUUUCUGUAGUAUGUACAUCUAGCCGUUGGCAUACUGUUAAUGCUUCAGUGCCUGCUCCUGGGAGAUAUAUAGCUAGUAUACAUA